AUGCCUCUUUUUGGCAAAAAAGAUUUUGGAAGAAAAUCUAAAAAAGAGAGUAAAGAUCCUGAGAAGCAGCCAUCUAUCGAAGAUAAAUAUGUUGUGAAAGAUUUACUAGGUACUGGAGCGUUUUCCGAAGUACGACUAAUUGAGAGCAAGGAGAAUGGACAAUUAUUCGCAUGCAAAAUUAUCGAUAAAAAAGCGCUCAAAGGCAAAGAAGAUUCAUUGGAAAAUGAAAUUAGAGUUUUGAAAAGGUUUAGUGAGAAUGCGAAAGCUGAGGGUGCAGAGAAAAAAAUGUUUUCACACCCUAAUAUUGUCCAGCUGCUCGAGACUUAUGAAGAUAAGAACAAGGUUUACCUUGUAAUGGAAUUAGUAACAGGUGGUGAACUUUUUGAUAGAAUUGUUGAAAAAGGAUCUUAUACUGAAAAGGAUGCGUCUAAUCUUAUUAGACAAGUACUGGAGGCUGUAGACUAUAUGCAUACUCAAGGAGUAGUACACAGAGAUUUAAAACCGGAAAAUCUUCUUUAUUACAGUGCGGAUGAAGAUAGUAAAAUUAUGAUAAGUGAUUUUGGAUUAUCUAAAAUUGAAGAUUCAGGUAUAAUGGCAACAGCUUGUGGAACUCCUGGGUAUGUGGCGCCUGAAGUCCUAGCUCAAAAACCUUAUGGGAAGGCAGUAGACGUAUGGAGCAUAGGAGUUAUUUCUUACAUUUUACUGUGUGGAUAUCCUCCUUUUUAUGAUGAAAAUGAUGCAAAUCUUUUUGCCCAAAUUCUGAAAGGUGAUUUUGAGUUUGAUUCUCCAUAUUGGGAUGAUAUAAGUGAAUCAGCUAAAGAUUUUAUUCGUCAUUUGAUGUGUGUAGAUGUGGACAAGAGAUAUACUUGCAAACAAGCCCUUGCCCAUCCAUGGAUUUCUGGUAAUGCUGCCAGUAAUAAGAAUAUUCAUGGCACUGUUUCUGAGCAACUUAAGAAGAACUUUGCCAAAUCUCGCUGGAAACAGGCAUAUCAUGCUACUACUGUCAUUAGACAGAUGCAAAAGAUGAUUCUUAGUAGCACCAGUUCAAGUCGCAACAGCGGCAACCAGCCAAAGCCUCAGCAA